AAUUACCAUAUUUUUGUUAAUAUAUUAUAGGAAGAGAUUAUACAUGAGUCACUACAUGAGAAGAAAAGAAGGCGUGAGAUGGAAGACCGUGUCAAGCAGCGCGUGAUGAGCUUGAAAAGAUUGGAAAGAGAGGAUGAUCAAGAUAGUGUAGCUGCAAAGCUUAUUGACCAAAUUAAAGCUAUGAAGAUUCAGAGAUUUCAACUUGCAAUGGAAAUUAAGAAUUUACUUAUUGAUGCUGUGGCUCUCCGGCGAAGUUAUGCUGAACAAAACAUGGCAUCCCUCGAACUUGCGCUGAAGGUUAAAGAGAUGGAAGCUAAUGUGAAGCACCAAGAAAAAUUUGCAAUGCAAGCAUCUCUGCAUUAUGAGUACUGUAAAAAGGAGACAGAGGAAUACCGACGACAGUUGGAAGCUGCCAAGAGGCAUGCAGAAUCAGUAGCUAUUAUAACUCCAGAACUUGAGCAAGCUUUUUGUGAGGUUUGUUUCCUCCUCGUAAACAUGGGAAAGAUUUAAACCUUUUGCACUGGG